AUGCGUGAAGCUGUUCCAAGUCUUCCAUUUGAUAACGUAAACGAAGAGAAGCUACUGCUACUACUGCUUCUGGCACCGGAACCGGCCCGUCCGACCCCAACGGCGCACCACGGUCCCCCGGCUAACCAGCCCGCCCAGCUAACGACGGCCGGCGGCAGGCGAAUAAUAGACCGCCGUGCGGGCGAAACGAUUCGGCAACCAUUGGUGGGUAGCGAGCAGGACCAGCCGACGCCCGGAAAGAAUGCUGUACUUGAUCCUGACGACGCAGCGCAAAGCCACGCUGGCCAUCUGCCAGCAGCAGUCCUCUCGGCAGCAGCAGCAGCAGCAGCAGGAGCACCAGCAGCAGCAGGAGCAGCAGCAGCAGCAGGAGCAGCAGGAGCAGAAGGAGCAGCAACGACGGCUACGACGGCGACCACGGCGGCGGCCACGGCUCCGGCCGCGGCCUCGGCGGCCCAACAGCACCACCACCAACAGCAGCAGCAGCAGCACUCGGUGGCGGCGUCGGCCACCGCCGCCGCGGCCAGCUUUUCCGCGAUCUCGGGCGGUGGUGCGGCCCUAGCGGCGGCCGCUGUGCCGUUCUCGGGCGAGCUGGAGGAGCUGCAGAACAUACUGCACUUUCCCGAGGAGGUCGCCCUGCGCAUCACCGACAUGGAGUACCAGCUGUUCUACCAGGUAUCGCCGGUGGAUUUCAUAAACGAGGCGCUCCUCGAGCUGAAGAAGGAACGGUACGGCGCCGGUGGCCCCGAAACCGGCGGCUCCCAGUCGCCUUUUAGUAGCUUUAUAUCGUCACUGAAUCCCAUACGCAAACGAUUCGAUGAGACCAGCGCGUGGACCAACUAUAUUGUGCUCUCACAAGGUACACAAGACGAACGAAAAGCGGCCUUUGCAUGUCUGUUGCGUGUUGCUAUUUCAUGCUGGAAUAUCGGAAACUUCAAUGGUGCUAAAGAGAUAGUGGAUGGUCUGAAAUCAAUCAAAAAGGAAGCAUUCUGGACAUCGGCCACCGAUCGCACGGGCCGGAACACGGUGUACGAGUUUCUUACGACCGUGUUCGAUAGCUGCGAGUAUGACAACGCGGUCACGCGGGCUCUGGGCAUUUCCACGUGCCGGAUGAUACCGUACUUCCGGAAUCACGUCGACGAGAUCAAAACGCUGCUACUAACCAUCCCACCCACGGACGGUGGCGACAAUCCGGUGGAAAAGUACUUCUUAGGUGACCCCAAACCGGUCGCACCGUGUGAGGAUGAUGCGUUCAUCGCGAAACUGCUCCCACUGGCACUUCCGGUUGACUUGCGACCACGAACACCCGUACCGGUGGAACCACCGGACCUACCGUCGGAUGAAUCGACGGAACCACUGCUUCGAUCGGACGAACGCGACAGCCCCGGAUCGGUGGACGAUGGCGAGGAUUCGCACGAGGACCUGCUCGAGCAGAUCCGGCAACGGACGGAGCUGGCAACCGGCCGGUUGGUGGCGUUCGUCGAACACCACGACCAGCUGUGCCGGGAGCUGCCACACAGCCUACUGGAGUACCUACGGGCGGCGGCCAACAGCCCGCGGCAAACGAAAACCCCACUCUACAUCUACCAACCGUCGAACCUGCAGGAGCAGGAGGAAGACUACGAGGUGGAGAUCGGCAACUACAACCCGGUGCAGCCGCUGUUCAACGACCACGGCAUCAGCAUCAUACCGCUGUCGUCGAGGAAAACCAACGCCAUCGAUCACCACGUGCUGCAGAUCCUGCACCACGGUACGACGUGCGUGCUGUGGGAACCGGAAACACCGUCGGAUCGGUCGUCGUACGUGUACCUGCGGCUGGAGCGAUCCUGUUCGUUUGUCUCGUGGCAAAGGACGGCCUGGCGGCGCAUCAAGUCCCAGCAAGACUUUAGCCUUAACGUCAACCCGGAGGAGAUAGUGGCGUGGAAGUUCGCCAAUCGCUAUGCAUCGAACGUCGGUGAGCUGGAGGGUCAGUGCCAGAACCUGGACGAAGGGAUGCUGGAUCUCGGCACGAUCAAGGAGAUUAACAUGGGCUCGCGGAACCACGAGUAUGACGCGGAGAUCCUUGCGGCUGGCAAGCGCUUCGGGCUCACGCACGUCGAGUGCUGCGUGACGUUGUUGUACGGCAACUCGGCGAGCGAGAACCGGAUCCUGUGCAUCCUGUGCCCGCCGAUGCUGUGCCGGGCGUGGUACGUCGGUUUGAACUGGAUGCUGCGUGGUAUCCGGCGACAGCAGAUCCUGAUUGACCGGUCGAUGCUGUGGCUGAAGGAGCUCUACAUUCAGCUGUACUUCGAGGAGGGCGCCUGCAGCGAACCAUCGGUGGCGGACGCGAUCAAAGCGUUCGGUGGGCGUUGUUACGGAUUGUCCUCGAUUAAAUCGUGGUCUGGUUCGCAGCUCAACGACACGAGUGAGCCGAGUGGAGCGGUUGGCGCGAAAAAGGACUCAUCGACGACGAAGAUCCGCAAGAAGCGUUCCGUCGUGAACCUGCUGAAUCAGGCCAACGCGGGUCCAACGGGUGGUAGUGGUGGGGAUACGACACCCUCGGACUCGAUGCUGCUGGACACGCGUGACUAUCGGACGCGGUCAAUUGAACGGCGCCGUGAACGGAAUGGUUCGAAUGACCAGCUUUGGCAGAACGUGAAACACCUCCGCAUCGGUUCGGUCACCUACGACACCCAGCUGGACUUUCUGAGCUUCGUGUCGCUAUACCGGUCAUUCAGUUUGAUAGCACGGCAGGACCUCCGGGACAUCUUCGACCAGCUCUCGGUGACGACCAUCUCGCGGACGGCACUGAACGGUGAGAAAAGUCGCAGUGCUCCCGAGUUGUCUGAGGCCCUGGUUAAGCGGAAAAUCGGUCUGCUAACACGCAACUGCUCGCUGGACAUGGACCUGACGGAGGCAAAACACACGCAAAAGAAGUACUUCGACGCGAUAGCCGCCUCAAGCAUCGCGCACAUCGCCGCCAGCAACGAUUUCCUGUCCUGCAGCAACAAAGUCAUCACGAUAUCGACGCUGAAAAAGUUCCUCGAGACGCGCCAGAUGGAAAUCAAAACCGACGAGGAUGUGAAGGCCAUUAUACAGCGCCACGAACCGGAAGCGGCUCACCGCUUCGAGAACUGUCUCAGCUUCGAGGGGUUCGCCCGGUACAUGAUCGAUAAGGACAACUACGCGUUUCUCAGCGAGAUCAUGCCGGAAAGCACCUACAUGAACCUGCCGAUGUCGCACUAUUACAUCGCUUCGUCCCACAACACGUACCUCACCGGACACCAGCUGAAGGGCGAAAGUUCGGUCGAGCUGUACAGCCAAGUGCUCCUAACGGGCGCACGCUGCGUCGAGCUGGACUGCUGGGACGGUGACGAUGGGACGCCGGUCAUCUACCAUGGACACACCUUCACCACGAAGAUUCCCUUCCGGGCCGUCGUAGAAGCAAUAAAUAAAUCUGCCUUCAUUCAAUCUUCCUACCCCGUGAUACUCUCCAUCGAGAACCACUGCUCGGUGCAGCAGCAGCAGCGGAUGGCCAACAUAUUCCAGGCAAUCUUCGGCGAAAAGCUGGUGACUAACUUCAUGUUCGAUCAGGACUACAGCGACGAACCGUACCUUCCGUCGCCGCUCUCGCUGAAGCACAAGAUACUGAUCAAAAACAAGAAGCUCAUCGUCGAGAUUCCGGCGACCUUAUCAACCGGUUUAACGCGGCAAAACACCUUCAAACAAUCGAAUUUAUCCAGCAGAGCCAGUUCAAUUAUAUCCAACACUAGCGGUAGUUCGCUGAACGAAGAGUUCAGCGAUGACGAGUACGAGGAUGAUGAUGAUUUUGACAAUAUUGAUGAAAAAACAUAUCAUACAACUUGGGGAUCAAUAGAAGAUAAGUACCGGCACAGCGUGUGCCACUCCAACAUCACACCGACGAAAUCGAAGGCCCAAGACCAAGACGAGCGAUCCCGCAAGCGCAGCAACCAGAUUGCCCGCGAGCUGUCCGAUCUGGUGAUUUACGUGCAAGCAAUAAAAUUCCGCGGCCUGAACGCCUACAGCCCGCACAACUCAAUACGUGCCAAUCCGAAGCAGCAGCAGCAGCAACAGCAACAGGCGCAGCAAAGUCAGCAGAACCUGCCCCAGCACGCUCAGCAACAGGCGCAGGCACAACAGCAGGCUGCAGGCUCGCAACAGCAGCAACAGAACGUACUGAAAACGAGCGGUUCGGUCGUGACGGUUGGGAGCAUCCUUAAGAACAGCUCCGGUGACACGCUAAGUUUGCCCUCGUCAAGCCACCUCUCAGACAGUCUGUCGUUGAGCUACGACGCAGCCAGUAUCAGUGGCAGUGAAUCACACCUUCCACCGGCAUCGAACUCAACCCGGAACAGGACACUCCCGAACGCGAACCAUCCGUGCUACCAGUGUUCCUCGAUUAACGAGGCGAGUGCGAAAAAACUCUGCCGUAAGGACCCGCUCGGGUUGAUUGCGCACACCGAGUCGCAGCUAAUGCGCACCUACCCGGCUGGGUUGCGGAUCGAUUCGUCCAACUUUAACCCGGUGUUUUUCUGGGCGUUCGGGAUCCAGAUGGUGGCGCUCAACUACCAAACCGAGGACAUCCCGAUGCACAUCAACAAGGCGAUGUUCGAGGAGAACAACAGCUGCGGGUACGUGCGCAAACCGGACGUGCUGUGGAACCGAUCGCACCUGAUGUACCGCCGGUACAGUCCGCUGGAGAAGGAGUUCGAUGGGCUGCACGUGACGCAGCUUGUGCUGAACAUCGUCUCGGGGCAGUACCUGAGCCAGGCGAGUCUGUACGCGAGCACGUACGUCGAGAUCGAGCUGCUCGGUAUACCGGUGGAUUGUGGCAAGCGCAAGACGAAAGCGAUCCGCAAGAACUCGUUCAAUCCGCUGUGGAACGAAACGUUCUACUUUAAGAUCAUGUUCCAUGAUCUCGCGUUCCUUAAGUUCAGCGUGUACGACGCCGAGACGGGGCUAGUGAUCGCGCAGCGUGUCAUUUCGCUCAAGUGCAUCCGGCCUGGUUACAGGCACGUUCGGCUUCGAUCACCCACGAAUCAACCCCUCAACAUGGCGUCGUUGUUUGUGUACACGCGCGUCGAGGAGGAAAGCCUAGACCGAUCGUACGACGAGAUCGAUGAGCAGUACCUGCAGCAGAAGGGUCGUGGUGGUCGAGGGAUGACGGGUGCGGACACCAGCGAGGUGCCAGUUCUGUUCGAAGCGAGCCGACUCGAUGUGGCCAACAGCCUCGAGAGUAAGGUGCCGCAGCUAAAGCGGAAAAUGUUUUUUCUCACCGUGUACGACGUGGUGCCGGACAAGCCGUACACGAUCCUGAAGAUCACGCAAGAGAGCACGACGAAGGACGUGCUGGCGCAAGCGAUGCAGAAGAUGAACAAGUCCGCGCAGGACAUGGCCAACUUCAUCCUCAUCGAGGAGGUGUACCGUGGGUGGGAGAAAAAGGACCGGCUGUUGCCACCGAGCCAGCGCGUGCUCGACACCACCGAGAAGCCACUGCAAGCGCAAGGUCACUGGAAGGGCGAAGGUCGCUUCAUCCUGAAAAAGAUCGGUAACGAUCCGAGCAGUCGGGCCUGGGUGACGUCAAUCCGGCGCACUACCGAUCGACGGGCGUCGAUUGCGGCGACGCUGGCCAGUGGAGGUGGCCCGGGUGCUGGUGGAGUGGCUGGAGCAACCGGCAAAGACCCAACGGCGGAUGAUCUGCUCGCGCUCGAGAACGUGGACAACUUUCUCGUGUGCGUGUACAACGUCUCGCAGGACAUCCCGUACGCGAUCCUGCGCGUGCCGAUGAAAUCCACCGCACAGGACGUGCUGGCACAGGCGCUGUUGAAGGCGCGCCGUCUCGACAACCCAAACAACUUCGUGCUGGUCGAGGAGCUCAACUACAGCAACAAAAGCAACGACACGAUGCAGCGCAUCCUGCUGGACGACGAGAACGUGUACGUGACGCAAGCGAACUGGAAAACGAUCGGGCGGUUCGUGAUCCACGAGCGCAGCCAACUAACACCGUCGACGAUCCGCAAGACGAUCCUCCCGAUCGAGAAGAUCAGUCGGGGGUUCAGCAUUAGCCGUGGAUCGUCUUCAUCCUCCACCUCGGUGCACUCGCUUGCGUCCAAAUCCCCCAUACAGGUCGCCCUAAGCGAUCCAACGGCAGCUGGGUCAUCCUCAUCGCGCUUUAAAUCCCGAUCGGCCGGAACACAGGACACCGGCUUGGGCGGAUCGGGUGGGUCAGGUGUGGGGACAAAAUCGCGCCACCACGGGCACGGGCGUACGAAGUUUUGCUCCGAAAAGGACACGUCGUUCUCGAGUACGAGCGCGAGUGGGACGGGCUCGAAGUCAGCGAACCGGCGCGAGGUCCACUCGGAGGGUGAAACGCUUAGCGACGAGGAAACGAAGGAGUCGGACAUCAUCUCGACCAUGUCGCGGUUCAAGCGCAUGUCGAUCAAGAAGCUAAAGUCCUGGAAAUCGUAACUCGGUACCUUGGUGGGGAUACACGCCCACCGGCUAGCCGCCCACGUGGGUGGUGUCCUUUUCACGCGCACGGACAAACGCGAGCAGUUGGAGGAAGGGAGAACAGCGAACGAAUCGCGCGCACAUAAACACAACCAUGAUGCACAUAAGAACUCGUAACUCUAACUCUAACGCUAACGCUUAACUUUCGCAUAUUGGCAGCAACGCACAGCCCCCCGCCCAAUGAAACAAUGAGUGCAAUAUCCGCGCAAUCGUCGUACUAUUACACUACACUUUUACCGCUACCGGCUACACAACUAUUCACUACUAUACUGCGCUUGCGUUUGUAAAAGGCUUCUACGCUUCGGUACGCGCGGGGUCGCGAAGGACAAACACGGAAUGGCUCCGUGACGGUCCAGGGUAGCUGCUUCAGCAACAUCAGGACAGUUGACAGCUGCAAUCCCUCGACCGUCCAGUGGCUAUUUCCGUAUGGGGAGGGAGAGCUCGCGCGAGCUAGUGUUCGUAUCAGAUGAUAAGACCAUCCUACAUAAUGUUUCCUGUGAUUUUGUGCCCUUGUCUGUUCCCACAUCAGUUAGCCAGUUUUAAUCGAGGAGAAGAGACAAAACCAUACCAUACAAAUACCACGUUACACACGUGUGCUAGCCGCGCAAAAGCAGUGGCCGGUUGGGCAAGACAACUGGCGACACUGGCACAGCACGCAACAGUGACAACAAUAAGCCAUAGACGUAGCAUAUUCUAAUCACAUUUCUCAUAAAAUCUCAUCCCCCACUUGAUCAACGUAGCGCAUGCGAAGCGAGAAACGCGUUGCGUUGCGACACUAUGAUAGAUGCGUUACGCCAGCACGCGUACUCAGACGCGUAGUGGCACACCACGUGGUAUCGGUCCACGUGUGCGCAAAUGGCGCGGCGGUAUGGAAUACCUAGCGCCCGUUGGACGGAUGCACGUUCAGCGACGAUCGAAGAUAUGAUAGUAUUAGCAGUAACUGACUACUCUAACAAAAGCGCUCUCCUCUAAGCUCUGAGGGUGGGAGGAUGAACAAACUGAAUAAAUGAAUAAAUUAAUUACAAGCAAACGCAUGUUGAUAACACGUUAAUAAAUAUUUAAUAAGCUAGCGAGUUCAAAUGGGAAAGCGGAAAUGUUGCAACUGGACGCAUGAUAUUGGUAGGGUAGAACGGAUGCGAACAAAACAAAAAGAAGAAGAUGAGGAAGAAUGAUAAAAUGCAUGUUACAAUAUCAAGAAGGACAAGCACAAGUAAACUCUAAGCAAAAAAAAAAGAGAGAAAGAACGGAGGAAGAGAACGAAAUGCACAGAAGGCAGAAACAAACCAUGUGAUAAUAAAAAGAGAGAACGUUUAAAGUGGAUAUACAUUUUUGAAGCAUCAGAUUGACCUAUUCUUUCAACCAAACUAACUAAUUACAUUGAACGAAUAGUACGGCGGGAGGGAAAUAUUAUAUUUUAUAUACACCCUCUACACACAACAGGAACACUACACACAGCUGACACUCCUUGGCGAGACCACAGUGACUACACCGGGAAACCACACUGCAAACGAACACGCGACACAGACAGCAUAUUCAAUAGAGCCGUAGAACUAGGCAGUCCAUUGUUGAGGGGUUUUGGGAGGUAGAAAACAAGAAACACUAUAAUCGCCGUGUUGCGAGGAUGAACAAGCGCAUGUACCAUAUUUCCGCAAGAAAGGUUACAACUAAACAAUCGAAUAAAGCUAUACCCGCAAAUUGCGGCAGAUUGCGAGAAAACGCAUAAAACAAAUCUACCAUCGGGAUCGCGCGCGACAAUGCAAAAAGAUGCAGAUUUCGAACAUGGAAUGCAGCCAUAUCCAUUAGAGCAUGCUAACGAAGAAAACAUAAUAAUAAAAAGGGAAACACACAGCCGCAUAGGCGAGUAAAAUACGAGGCAUUAAUGCAGCGCAAAAUAGCAAACAUUUACCAGUAGAUAACCAAUGAACAAUGCUUCGGUUUUAAUAACAAUUUUGCGAAUGUACUAACUAUAUCUUCAGCCGGCAGAAGUAGCGCGUCAGCAGCUCGCUCUCUCCCAGGUAUCUUCCCAAACGCCAACGCCGCCAUGUUAAUAGAGAGUUCUCUUUUUUAACUUGUUGUUCAGUGAAAAAAAAAUACAAAAAUAAUCAAAUCUAACAAACACAUCCACACACACAUACACUCAUGCAAAGCAAAAAAAAACAAAGAAACCAAACAAACGAGCAAAGAAAUAUAGAAGUUAAACAUAUUGAAGAAAUAAUUAACUAAAGCGCUUUACUUUCAUUUAAUGAAAAAGAGAAAACAAAAUAGUAACUUACUCACCGCGGGGCUAAAUGAUAAUAUAAUAAUAGUACUGUUAAAUAGUAGUCAUCAGCCCAGUGACCCCACAUCCUCCUUCCACCACUUCCUGUUGCAAAUACACAGCCACACACAUACAGCAUACACACACGUGCACCUGAACCAAACGAUACGACAACCAUAUCCUACACCAGGACCCAACUAUUCCUUCUCCGGCAGGACGAAGGCGAUGAAAUAGCUCAAAAGAUGAGGCAAAAAAACAACAAACUACCCACUAACAAACUAACAUUUAGCGUUACACGGAAUUGAAAAGCAAAAUAAUACAAAAAAAAAACAAUUUAUUCUUGAUGUUUAUAUGUGUCAAUCUGAGAUUUGUACGAAUAUUUAUAUACAUAUUAACGGGAAGGAGAGAAGUACCACCACGUGGAAAGCGCGUCAACGCA